UGUGGACCAAUUAAAAUACGACGACCAUAUGCAUAUUUAUACCAUAUCUUUCAUUUGCUGUUUUGAAUCUGUUGUACAGCGCGCUCCCGUUCUAAGUAAAAAAAACCGGUUCGAAAAUAUUUCUUCACUAUCUUAACGACUACAAGUUAAAGGGGAGCAUUUUUCAUCAUGGUCGACGGCGGUACGAAGUGUGUCAAGUACUUGGUCUUCUUCUUUAAUUUUCUCUUCUUCGUGUUCGGGAUCGUGCUCCUUGGAUUCGGAGCAUAUGCAGAGAUCAGGUUUGGUCCUUAUGUGAUCUUCACGUCUACUAACUACGCCACUGGCUCGCAUCUAUUGAUAGCUGUUGGUGUGAUCAUAUCAGUUAUCUCAUUCUUUGGUUGCUGUGGCGCAUGGAAGGAAAACAGAUUUAUGCUGAUAAUUUUCUUCGUGCUACUCUUCGUCCUGCUUGGCCUGGAGAUUGCCGCUGCUGUUCUGGGAUACAAGGACAGGGAUGAGAUUGAAGCGGACAUCAAGAAGGACAUCGAAAACAAAAUCAAGGAGUAUCCUACGAAAUACGAGAAAGAAAUCGAUGACCUGCAAAAAGAGUUCAAGUGUUGUGGAGCAUCAGGACCAGAGGACUGGAUAUCAAUUAAAAAACUACGAUUUCCACCAGAUUCCUGCAAUUGUGAGGGUGUUAGCAAAGACCAGUGCAGCACUUUUACUCUAAACUACUACUACAAAGCGGGUUGUGCCCCGGCGUUAAAGACGUACUUCUACGACAAGCUUUUGGUUAUUGCUGCAUUGGCUAUCACUUUAAUCGUUAUUCAGAUUCUUGGUAUGGUGUUUGCUAUGUUCCUGAUCUGUAGAAUCUCCUCCUAAAGGCUAUCAAGUGGUCUUAAUUAAACAGUAAUUAGAUAUAUUAGGCUUUAAACUGCUAUAAUUGAAAAGAAUAAACUCUUUUCUUAAUGUUAGUAAAACACAGGCUACCGAAAGAAAUAGAUAUAGUAAUAAAACUGAAACAACUCACUGACAUAUAUUAAGUCGAAACAGUUAGGAUACUUAUGAAUGAUGUUUUGAAAUUUGACAAAUUGUUUCAAAAUGCUUUUUUUUUUUCGUUUGUAUAAGACAACCUUUAGAAAAAAUGUGAUAAAAAUAAAAACCAUUUCUCGGCAUUCAAUGGUGUGAUAUAUCCGUAAAAUCGCACUAAUGAGCUCUAGACUUUUACUCGUGGGCAUCUUGCAGCACCGGGAACGCAGCUCAAUCUGGUUAGCCUGCGUGCAGCCGGACCUUUUAAUUCGUGUGACAGUUAAUUAGGCCCCGUUCACACGUGUCCGCAAAUUUUUGUAUCCGUAUCCGCAAAUUUUAAGAAAACGGAUACGUGUGGACGGUGAAAACGAUUCGAAUACGCUGCGUAUGGACGCAAACAUUUUCGUAUCCGCAAAAAAUAAUUUGCGGAUACAAAAAUUUCCGGAUACGUGUGGACGGGGCCUUAGUUCGGUUGCACGCAGGCUAAAUCUGAAUUCUUCUGUUUUGUCCCCCAGAUUGAGCUGCUUUGGCGUCACAUGCAAGGGGUCUAUAAUCAGAAAGGGCUUAUAUUCGUGGGAAGGGAGAAACGGGGAAGGGAGAAGGAAGAAGGAAGCCGAAGGAUGUUAUAAACAGCAAGAAUUAAGAGUUUAGGAGGAUUAAGAGAAAACUUGUAUUUCUUUUCAUCGUUAUCUUUUCAGCUGUCAAUCUUUUAUGUGCAUCAACGAUCGAAAUUUCUAACCCAUCCUUUCAGUCCUUCAUCCCUUGUAAAAUACUAACUUUGGUCAGAAACGCUUUUAAUAUUAAUAAUACAUAUUGGACUACUAUAAGCCAUGGCGAGGUUGGGGGAAACCAGGUCGAGUUGCAGGGCAUUAUGGGAUUAUUUUAGGCGCGUUAAAAGUCCCACAAUGCAAUGCAAUAUCAACUUGAUCCAAUUUUCCCUCAACCUUAGAAUGGCUAAUAAGUGACGCAUUUAUGUGAUUUUUCGAGUCACUCGAUCAUUUUCCGCCAUAUUGAAUAAAUACGGAAUAAAUACUGAAUAAAUAUAUGUGGUUUGUAAA